AUGAACUCAAAGACCCACACCAUCAUCACAUUAUUGGUGGUGGCGGUCAUAGCCAAGUCGGAGUUGCUUUCUUUGAAUAAAAACGGAAAUCUACCCAGAGAGCUGAUGCUGGGCCCACCGUCUGGCUUUCUUUCUCGCUUUUCGAUUCGUCGCCUACUUAUAAUCACCUCCUCUGUGCUUGUGCAAAUCUGUCACUUGACGGCUGCCUCCAUGAGCACGAAGCGCAGGCUGCGCAGCCGCCGUCCGAUCGACGGAUCGCUCACCGCAGCCAUCCUGUUUCUCCUCCUCGCCCCCCAGUGCGUCGCUGCUCAGCCUCCACCGCCAUCCAGCAGCGGCUUUAGAUACUACAACUUUGGCAAGUUCACUCAGGCCAUGUCCGUCAUCUCUGUCUCCGUUAUGGCAAUCUGCUUCUUUCUCUGCUUAUCCUGCGUGUGCAUUCGCUCGAACCGCGACGAGGACGAGAGCUUCAGCUUACACCUCCGCAUGGCAGCGGCGUCCAGGCUGUCACGGCCGCAGGGGCUGAGCCCGGAGAUGAUCGAGACGUUCCCCACGAUGCUGUACUCGCAGGUGAAGUGGUUGAAGGCGGGGAAUGGCGCGUUGGAGUGCGCGGUGUGCCUCUGCGAGUUCGAGGACGACGAGGCGCUCCGCCUCCUCCCCCACUGCAACCACGUCUUCCACCUCGAUUGCAUCGACGCUUGGCUCGAGGCCCACGUCACAUGCCCCGUCUGCCGCGCCAACCUCGCCGAGCAAUCGGCCGCCGACUCCGCUGAUCACGGCGCGCCUCCCGCGCGCACUCAGGAAACCCCUGCCGCCCCGGCCCCGGACCACGUCGCGAUCGUCGUCGAUCCGGAGGAGGAGGAGAGGAAGGAAGCGGCCAUCGAACUAGAGCGGAUCGGGAGUCAGCAGCGGGCAGCGCGGUCGCGGUCCGGGCGGCCGUCGGCGAGUUUCCUGCGGUCUCACUCAACGGGGGACCCUAUGAUCCCGCCGGUGGAGGACGCUGACCGGUUCACCCUACGGCUGCCAGAGCACAUAAGGAAGGAGAUUCUCUCCGCCAGGAAGUUCCACCGAUCCACCAGCUGCUUCGCGCACCCGAUCCCCGAUGAAGGGAGUUCCCGAUCAGGCCACCGCGGCCGCGGGGGAGCGGAAGGCAGCAGCCGCCAGUCGAGGAGCACCCGACUCGGUAGAUCGGACCGCUGGCCGUCGUUCUUUCUUCGAAAUAUGUCCUUCAAGAUCCCGUCGUGGGCGACGGGGAUGCGAGGGGAGGGCGAGAGUGCAGUCUCGGUCUCAGUGAGGAAGGGGGAAAUGGACGUUUCUGGCAAGGGAACGAUAGCGUAUCCGAUGGCGCCCUUCGAAGGCUACGGAACCGGUGACGCUGUCGCCUCCACCGCCACCGCCAUCGCCGGCAAAAUAGAAUCUUCCGGCACCGCCCAAAGUCGUCAUGGUUGACCCGAUUGAGUUAAUUGCAUGUGUAAAUUCUUGCCAAAAAAAAAAGUUUCCAUAAAUUACUAAAAAUCCAAAGGUGAAUUUGUUAAUUAAAUGGGGUGGACGCGUUAUGCACAUAAAUAUUAUAAAAUUUAAAAAUUGUAAUUUUCUUA